CGGCGAAUUCUGUGAGACCGGCCUAAAUGUUCUAAAGAACAAUAACAGAUGCAAUCAAAGUGGGAAUAGCUGGAAAUUUCUAGCCGCAAUUUACUUAGGCGGCCCAUCGUACAACAAAGUUGGAAAGAUGAAGUAGAUAAACCCAAAAAAGUAGCCACUCCCAGUCCUUUGAAAAUCUCCCACUCCUCCCGGCCAAAUAGCCUCCUCCGCUUCCUUCCACUCUGCACGACCCAAUAUCCAUCUUUUUUUGUCUCUCGUUAGUGCAUUAAACCUCCAAAGCUUGUAGGUCAAGAAUUAUGAAAGACUAAUUUGAUUUCAUAUUCCAAUCUUCUCACGUCUUCAUUUUGCAGCUAAGUUCUCUAGAUCUUUCUCCUUAUUUGAUGUUUCUAUCGCACACAAGUUCUAAUUUUGUCCGCCUGUGGUUACGUUAAGCAAUUAUGGGGUGCGCGAAGCAACACCCUUCUUAUUUUGUACAGUCUUUGAAAAGUGAUGAAUUAAAGGAAGCUCAAGCACUUGAAAUUGCAAGAAUGUUGGAAAUUGGUGAGCUUGAAACAAGCAGAGGACUUAAUUAGGUUGGUACAUUACAACAAGUUGGGGAAACUCGUUGGAGCUCGCAUUUCAGUUCUGUUUGCAGUUUGAUUAGGAUGUUUGCUGCAACUUGUUCUGUUUUAGAAGAUGUUGAAGAGAAUGGCAAUAACUAUUCUACUCGUGGAAAUGCAGCUAGAGAACUUAAGAAGAUUAAAUCUUUUGAUUUUGUUUUCUUGUUGCAUCUUAUUAAAGAAAUUGUGGGCACUACAGAUCUUCUAUGUCAGCAUAUACAGAAGAAGUGCCAAGACAUAGUAAAUGUUAUGCAUUUGGUGUUAAGCACCAAAAUGUUGAUCCAAAAGUUAAGGGAGGGUGGAUGGGAUAACUUCUUGAAAUUGUUAAAGAGUUUUAAUUUGCACAAAGCAUGAAAUUGAAGUUCCUAAUAUGAAGUCUCCUUAUGCGGUAAAAUGCAAACGCCAUGAUCAAGAAGGGUUUGAUAUUGAACGACACUAUCGGGUUGAUAUGUUUUACGCAGUCAUAGAUUCACAAUUGUUGGAGCUGAAUAGCAGAUUUGGUGAACAGAUAAUGGAUCUUCUUACUCUUAGUGGUGCUUUGGAUCCUAAGGACUCAUAUAAGUCUUUUAACAUUGAUGAUAUCUGUUCUUUAGUGGAUAAAUAUUACCCAUUUGAUUUUAUUGAGCAGGAGAAGGUGAGCUUGAGGUUUCAAUUGCAACAUUAUAAGCUCAAUGUUCUAAACCAUCCAAAGUUGGCGAAUUUUUCUACAAUGGGUGAAUUUUGUCAAAGAUUAGCGGAGACGGAGAUGUCAAAAGUGUACUUUAUUAGCUUGUUGAUAAAUUGAUCCGACUUUUGUUGACUCUACCGGUUUCGACAGCAACAACCGAAAGGACUUUUUCCGCAAUGAAAAUUAUAAAAACAAGGUUUCGCAAUAAAAUGGAGGAAGAGUAUGUUGCAGACAACCUUAUUGUUUAUAUUGAAGGAGAAAUUGCUAAAACUUUUGACUAAAAAGUCGUGAUUGAGGAAUUUAUCUCGUUGAAGAAGCGUUGGGUACAAUUCUAAGGUACUAACUUUAACUAUUUUGUAAUAAUAUAUUUGUCUCUUCUUCUAUUAUAAUGCUUCAUUUAAUUACUACUCCGUAUUAUAUUAAGGUUAUAACUUAUAAUAAUAAUUGCCUAGAUUUUUUUUUGUUUAAAUUGUCGCCCCCCCAAUAUCAAUUUCUUGGGUCCGCCCCUACUCACCGGCCACUUUUUUGUCCUCUUACGUAAGGCCAUACGUAAAAUUGCAUGAAUACGUAAGGCCAUACGUAUGCUCUGUUAUAGAAGAAGUAAUUUUUUUUUUUUACUUUCUUCGUAUAGGCUGGAAAGAGCUUAAAAGUGAUUGGAAAGAUGCUUUAAAACUAACAUUGUCUACUCUGUGUCUGUCCAUUUAUCUAUAAAUACGGAGUAUAUGAGGUCGACCUAUCGAAUUGAUUGUGGUACAAUAAACUAAAUAUUUGGAGUGACAAUUCUUGUGAAUCAUCACUAGCUACUGCAAAAAUGCCAGAAGAGUUCAUAAUAAUAUUGGAUUUGGAUCCUCUGCCUCACGGCAGAGGUGCCUUGCGGCAAUCCAACGGCAAGCAACAGAUAAGAAGAGAGCUGCUGGAAGAGGGAGAGUGAAUCGGGUGGCUGUAAUAGCCACGCACCCUACCUGGCUGCCAAAGACAGGCAGAGAAUCCCAAUCCAAUAAUAUUGAUCUUCCUUAUCGCCCUGGUGGCCAUCUAUUGCUAUCAGGUACCAAAAAGAAAUUUAUAUGCACAUAAAUAUAGAUUUAGUAUGAUCUAGUCUGUUUAAAUCUAGUCUAUUUUAGUCUAAACAAGUGCAUGUGGUCUAGUACGAACUGAUCUAUGUGUAUUUUAUAACUAUGGAAGUGUAGUCUAAUCUGUUUAAGUGUCUGGUUUUCUUUGAUCUGAUAUAUUUAAGUCUGGUUUGGUCUGAGAUUGAAAACAAUCCAAGUAAAAACAUCCUUAUAUUUUUAAGAUGUGUACCACGUAAUUUCACAUACAAAAAUUCUUAAGAAAUAUACAUUAAUUAAAUAUUUCCAUCCCCGCCACCAUUUAACAUUCUUGAAAAUUACAUGUUAUUAAUUAGGUAAUUCUGUUUUUCGGAUUAUCAGGCUUAUUAGACAACUUUUUAACCAAACAUUCAACUUUUGAUUUCGGGUGCUGAAUUGUGUAAUAGUAAAAAAAGUAAGGUUGAAGUUACUUUUGUGGCGGUAUUGGCUGAGGUUACCGUAAAUGAUCAUUUUAGCAAUUUUUCCAUAUACGAAGUAUAUUUUCUUUAUUUUAUUAGCCAAUACAGCCCAAAAAAAGUAAUAGUUCAACUACUGCUAAUAUAUUUUUCUUUAUUUUAUUAGCAGUAGUUCAAAUAUUUUUUCCAUAAAUCAGUAGUAUUAGCCAAUACAAACACGUCAGCCAGAAAUUCAUAAAUUUCAACAGAAUCAGCCGAUUUUAAAAUAUACUCCCUCAAUUCUUUAUUAACUAUCUCGUAUUCCUUUUGCGACGUUUUUAAUUAUUUGUUCCUCUUUCUUUUUUUCGUAAAUUUUUUCAAUCAACAUUCAACAUAUCUUUUUAUCCUGAUCACUUUUAUUACUCUUACUCCUUUGUCUUUCUUACUUCAUCAUUAAUUUAAACACAAACCACCACACAUGUUACUUAUUUCUAUUAUUUUCCUCUUAAAACCCGUGCCAAAGCCUAAGUGGACACUUAAUAAAGAAGGGAAGGAGUAUAAUAAAAGAACAUAAUGUCUGAGGAAACUUCAUGUCAGGCCGGCCUGACCGGGAAAGCCAUCCUGCCGAGCCCGUUUGAGGGUGUUCCCGGUCGAAUUUUUCAAUUACAUUUUUUGAGCACAUUUUUCAUUAAGUCUAGUAUAUCCCUACCAAAUUUUAGCUAAAAAUUCAACCGGGAAGGUAGUAAAAUGAUUUUUUGAAAAAUACUGCGUUGUUUAUAUAUAUUAACUGCGCAAUGUUCUAAAAUAAUUUAUUGAACUGCCUUCCCAAUUGAGUUUUUAGCUGAAAUUUGGUAUGAAUAAACUAGACUUGAUGAAGAACAUGCUCGAAAUAUUUCACCGAGAAGGCACUCAAACUGGUUUGGCCAGACGACGGAUUGUGUCAGGUCGGCCUAACAAAACGCCACACCAUAAUGUAUACUAAUAUAUACUAAUCGUGUCAGUUAGUAAUAUAGUACUCCCUCCGGUCCUUAUUAAAGUUCUCACUUUCCUUUUUGGGAUGUCCCUUAUUUAAGUUCACACUUCCAUUUUAGGAAACAAAACAAUGCAAAACAGUGCCAAACAGUGUCCAAACAGUGCCAAACAAUGCACUCCACAAUAAAGUCAAAUUUAUUUUCCUAAUCUGUGUGAAGUCAAACUGGGAACUUUAAUAAAAACCGGAGGGAGUAGUACUUACUUAGCUACAUUUAUGUUUCCAUAAGCCCCAUUCCUCGGCGAGAGUAAACUUAUUACGGUACAUAAGAUUGAAAAGGUGAAGUACUUUCCAUGUAGUUGUAUUUAAUACGGGCGCGGUCAUGAGUAAGAGGUAGGGUGCAUGGGCAAGCACAAAUAUUUCUUUUAGAUAAACUAUUAUUUCACUCGUGUGAUGCACGGAGGGACUAUAUUGCUCAAAUAUUAUGCUCAAUAGGCAAUGCAGAAAGUAUAAAUAAGAAUAAAUUUUUAACGGACGAAAUCUAGUAAUUUUUUAAAAACUGUAAUUAUAAAUUGAAGUCAUUUUUAAUGUAAAAAAUGAUAAAUUGAUUUGGAAAUAAAGAAUUCAAUUUGAUAAAUAAAUAUGACUUACAAAAAAAAUAUCUCCCGUCUCCACACUCAUCUCCAUUGUCUAGUUGUCUCUCUCUUCUUCUUUUAUGCUUUUCAUUUAAACAAUAGUCUUAGACUUUGAUAAAUAACCGACACUAUGAUGUUUAUGAUGUUUUGUUGUUGUAAUUUUUUUAUUUAUUUUUGUAUGUUAUCGAUGCAUCGGCUAAAGAUUUGUGAGAUAUUCUUGGAUGGUUUGAACCCGACUCAAACCCUCCACUCAACCCGCACAUACAAUAGUUUUUACUUUUUAGAUUAACACAUAUAUACUCAAGUCAAACUUUGUGUUUCGCAAAGGGAGAUGUUUU